AUGGUAAAUACAACAGUUAUGUAUGAUGGACAACAAAUUCAAAUAAAUUUACCCGAUAAUCUAUCAUUAGAUAUAAUAUAUAAAUGUUUACAUGAACAAAUGCCAAGAACAUUUGAUUUUCGUACACAUAUUAUUCAAUUAUUUGAUCCAACUAUAGGAGAAUUUUUUGAUUUAAAUGAUGAUGGUCUUAAAUCAUGGUAUUGUCUUCCAUCUAAAGAAAAAAAUUAUAUGCGUUUACAAAUAAUUCGUGCUGGUAUUGAUUAUGAUGAUAAAAAUGAACAUGAAAUUAAUACUAAUAAUAAUAUGUCUGAAGUUUUCAAAAAAAUUGAACAUGAUAUUGAUAGUUUAUUUGAUGCUAUUGCAAAUCUUCAAACAACUGCUAAUGGUAUUCGUCAAGAUUUUAAAUCAGCUCUUGAUAAAUAUAAUAAAUAUCAACAAGAAAAACUUUUAUCAAAUAAAACAAAUAUAUCUAUAACACAACCAUUAAUACCAAAUAUAAAUCGAUCACAAAAUAAUACUAUUAUUUCACGAGAAAAAAAUUUAUCAUCAAAAAUUCAAAAUGGAAAUAUCGAACGACCAAUACGUUAUCCAGCUGAAGAUAUUCGAUUUAAAAAUAAACCACAACAAGAAAAUAUUGUUCCUAUUUCUGUUGUACAACAAGUACCAUUAGUUUCAAAUUUUUAUCAAGAUGAUGAUGAUGAAAAUGAUGAUGAAUUAACUGAACAUAAUAUUAGUACAACAAUUAGUCAACCUUUAUCAAUAGUUGACAUUGAAACAUUAUUAUUAAAUGUUGGCGAAGAUUUUCAAGCACUUGUUUCAAUAGCUGUCAAUCCAUCAUAUUUUUUUGUUCAAAAUACUUUAUAUACACAUGAUCUUGAAAAACUUGCUCAAAGCAUGAAUGAUUAUUAUUCAACAACUGAUCCACCAUCAAUACUUUUUAAACCAAUGGAAAUGAGUUGUUGUGCAGCUCGUUAUUCAGUUGAUAAUCGAUGGUAUCGUGCUCGAAUAAAACGAUAUAGUUCUGAAACAACUGUUGAACUUGUUUAUCUUGAUUACGGUAAUAAUGAAGAACGAAAUAUUAAUGAAUUACGUCCACUUGAUCCAGCUUUUGCUCGUUUACCUGCUCAAGCUAUUUGUGCAGCACUUGAGUUAUUACCAAUCAAUGGUGAUAAUAAUAGUUCAUGGACAAAAAAAGCUAGUUUUAAAUUUCAUGAAGAUACUUUAACUAAACCACUUGAUGUACGUAUUAUUGCACAACCAACUUUACAAUGGCCAAUGUAUUUUGUACAACUUACAAUUGAUGAACAUACGGAUGUUGCUGAAACAUUAAUAUCAUUACGUCAUGGUCGACGAGCAUCACUUGCUGAAAUUGUACAAAUUGUUGGCCCUCGUCUUGAUCUUAAUGAUUAUGCUGCUUACAAUUUACCAAAAGAAAUUCUACAACAAGCAACACAUCUCAUGCUUCCUCAAAGGCAACCAAACAAUGUUUCAAAUAUGUCAAAUGUUAUGAAACAAGAUAAAAAUUUACCAUAUUGUCCACCUGUUGUUGAACCGGAACCACGACAUUGGUAUGCUGUUGAAGUAACAUAUGUGAAAACAGCAGGUGAAUUUUAUAUUCGAUAUCCAUUUGGUAUUGAUACUUCACUUGGUCAAGGCAAAGAACCUGCUCUUUAUCCAGAAGAAAUCGAACCAAAUCAAAUGCUUAAUGAUCUUCAUCGAAAUAUGGCUGAUUUAUAUUCAACUGAACAACGUCGAGGUAUAUCAACAGCUGCUUCAUAUUGCCGUGGUCAAAUGGUUGCUGUUCGUUAUCAAUCACAUUGGUAUCGUGCACGUGUAUUAGAAUUUAAACCAACAACAAAUUUUGCAUGGAUUCAAUUUGUUGAUCAAGGUGAAAUACGUGAAUUAGGCACCAAUACAAUGCGACCAUUACAUACACGAUUUCUUGAUUUACCAUUACAAGCAUAUUUAUGUCGUUUAGAUGGUUUUGAUGCAAAUUAUCCAUGGACAGCACAAGAUAAAGAUUUAUUUAAAAAGAAAAUACGUGAUAAAAUAUUAUAUGCAAGAAAAACUCAUGAACCCAAUUUAAUUCAAUUAGUUGAAUUUGUUGAUGAUCAACUUGUUUCAUUUGAUUCAUUUUGGAAUACACUUCAUCAUUCACAUAAAUCAUCUGAAACAAUAAAAUCAAUUCCAUCAACAUCAUUAAAUCGUAAUAUACCUUCAUCAUUAACAAAUGUUCAUUAUGUUCAACAAUCAAUUGUAUCACAAAAAGCAAUUUUACCUAUGUCAAAUAAUGAAGCACCUGUUCGUAAUCUUCAACCAGUAUUACCUGGUCUUGUUAAUUAUGGAAGUGGCUCUGAAUAUAGUCAAACAUCAUCAAUGAUGCCUAAAUCAUCAGCAAUUAAAAAAUCAAGUGGUGUAACUAUUCCACCACCACCCCAACCUCAACCAUCAUCAUCAACAGCAAAUAGACAACCAAUGCAAUUUAUAUCGGCUGGUUUUAAACAACCUAUUGAAUAUACACAUUUAUCACCUAGUGAACAAUUAGCACAAUUACAACAACAAGAAAGUCAUAGAAUUCAACCAACUAGUGGCUAUUCAAUUAAUAAACAUUUUCGUCAACAACAAUAA